AAUAGGCUAAAAAAGUAAAUAGUGAAUUUGAUCGGCUAUUUGUGUAAAUAUUAGUAUCGGUAAUGGGUUAAUUUGGGCCCGACUCAACCCGUUCCAAGCUUGACCCAUAUCAUUCCUCAAAUCAUACUGUCCUUGAGAUCUCUCUCGUCUGUGUUCGAUCUGAAAGAAGCUUUCUUCAACAAACGAAGAUACAGAUUCCAGAAAUUGAAUCUUACGCUUGUUUCUUAGGAAAUUGAAUGUUGAUACUGAAAAUUUUACUUGUUUUUGGAGCAUAUUACAACAUCACUUUCCAUUCUGCUGUUGCUUCUGAUUACUGCCAGUCGAUGGUCUCCAAUUGUUUUAUUAUCGGAGGCGUAGCUACAUAGACCAACCAGUGUUUUUCAACCGGGGUCUUUGAAGAUGAUACAGAAUGUUCAACACCAACUUUUGCAAUCGCCUGCCCGGCUGGGCCUGCCAACUCCCGGUUCACCUUCUGUACAAAACCCAGCCCCUCCUCCUAAGUUCUCCUCGCAAGUGUCGCAAACUCCUCAAUCCAAUCAACAGACAAAUGUAUUGACUACCACUACCACCUCAUCAACGCUACUUCCUCUUCUCCCACCUCUCUCUAGAGCUCAGUCUCUUCUCAUUCAAAUGGCAUCUCUUUCUUCAAGACUCUUUGAAGUCUCACCUAACCGGUCCCAUUGGCUUAGUGCUUUUCGUGGCUCUCUUCCUUCAUUUCUGCCUUCGGCGGGACCGGCUCCACAAGGUUCCUGCCCGUCAUCCUCAAAAGAAAUCCUCUCUGUGUUUACUUCUCUCCAGACACAGCUGUUUGAAGCAGUUGCCGAACUACAAGAAAUUCUUGAUCUUCAAGAUGAGAAGCACAAAGUCACCCGUGAAAUUAGGUCAAAUGAUUCUGCAAUUCUUGCUUUUGCCAACAAACUCAAAGGAGCUGAGCGUGUUCUUGACAAUCUUGUUGAUGAUUACUCCGAUUAUCGUCGUCCCAAACGGGCCAAGUUGGAAAAUGAUACUGAAGAAUCUUCAGUAACAACUGUGGCAACUCAGUUGAAAUUAUCCGACAUAUUGUCAUAUGCUCAUAGGAUAAGCUACACUACUUUUGCACCACCUGAAUUUGGUGGUGGACAGGCUCCUCUUCGGGGAGCACUCCCACCGGCCCCACAGGACGAGCAAAUGCGUGCAUCUCAAUUAUAUAAUUUUGCUGAUCUUGAUAUUGGUUUACCUAAAACAGAUGAAGGCAAAGAAAAUAUUUUGGAGCCACUCAUUGAACCUCCUGCAGAAAGCAACCCACUUGCCAAUCUUUCAGCAAUUCAGGGCCUCCUCCCUCCACCUGGUUGGAAACCUGGUAUGCCUGUUGAGUUGCCGACUGAUCUCCCACUUCCUCCACCUGGGUGGAAGCCUGGCGAUCCAGUUGCUCUUCCUCCAGUGGAUUCUCUUCCACUUCAAAAGGUCGAGGAGGCACCAGCACGACCAGUACCUCCUCCAGGACUGCCAAGAAUGCCCGAGCCAAUACAGGUUCGGCAUGUGCAGCUUGAUAUUGAGGAUGAUAGUAGCGAGUAUAGUUCUGAUGACGCCAGCUCUGAUAGUGAAGAUUGAUGUGGUUAGCUGUUUUGAGUAUCUAAUAAAGGUUCAGCAUGUGCACCUUGAUACUUACUUCUCCUUGCACAGAGCAGCGUUUUCUCUUAUUUGCCUCACUAUUGGAUGACUUCUCUUCUCUCAAACAACAGGUACCCUUGCUCUCUUCUGUGUGCAAAAUUGGGGGCCAUUUUAGUUUCAAUUUCAAGGUCUUUAGCUUUCUCUACUGCAUGUGUUGUUUAGGUUCUUUAUAAGUUUCGAUAUGCCUGUUGAAAAUGAUGUCCCCAAGAAAGAAAGAGAGCUAGGGUAGAAUGUUAGUAACAGGAACUAUAUGGGUCUCAACAAACUCUUCCCUGCUAACUAUGUGCCAUAUUUCAUCCCAACAGUUUUCUGUGGAGUCAAGAUCAAACUAUGAGCUUCUCUUCAGUUGGAAAAUAAAAAAUGUUUCUUUCUUUGUUUAUA